CCGUGGUUCAUAUCACGUCCAUAUCACGUCCAUAUCACCGCCCGCCAUCCCAACUGUUACACGAGCAGCCCCUUUUCCAUUCAGUCGACGCGUGAAAAUGGCCGACUUCAGCUCAACACACCCCAAAGCCAGCGAUGCGACCGGCAUGGAUGCCGACGAGCUGCGUUUGGCGCAGAUGGGCCAUACUCAAGAGCUGAAGCGCCACUUUAGCAUCCUGUCGCUGAUCGGGCUGGCGUCUACCACGACCAUCUCCUGGACCGGCCUGGGACUCAGCAUUGUUACUGAAAUCAACGCCGGCGGCCCAAGUGCGAUUAUCUACGGCUUCAUCCUCGUCACGAUGAUGCAGUCCUUCCUCGGGGCCUCGCUGGCCGAGUUCGUCUCCAGCUAUCCAACCGAGGGGGGCAUGUACCACUGGAUCGCUGCCAUUGCGCCCAAGAAGCUGAGUGCCUUUCUGAGCUUCAUCACCGGCUGGAUGACCGUAGCUGGCUGGAUAUUUACCACCGCGUCGACCAACCUGAUCUUCGCCCAGAUCGUGCAAGCACUCUAUUCUCUAUACCAUCCGUCAGAUCCAAUCAAAACGUGGGAGACGUUUAUCAUCUACCAGGUCCUGAACAUUCUGACGGCUUCUAUGGUCCUGUUCGGGAACAGGGCUAUCCCAGCGCUCAACAGGUUCUCGCUGUUCUACCUCCAGAUCGGCUGGUUCGUCGUCCUCGUUACGGUCGUCGCGUGUGCACCGAUAUAUCAGAGCAAGGAUUUCGUAUUCAGGACAUUUAUCAACAACACUGGCUGGGACAGUAAUGUCAUCUGCUUCAUCACCGGCCUCGUCAACCCCCUGUAUGCAUUGGGAGGACUGGAUGGAGUCACGCAUAUCACAGAAGAGAUGCCCAACGUGAGUGUCUACCCGUCCUGCAGGUCUAUAAAUUUCUAUAAAUCUAAUGAACAGCCCUCUCGCAACGCCCCGCUGGCAAUCUGCAUCACCCUGACGAUAGCCUUCACCACCGGCCUCAGCUACCUGAUCGCCCUGAUGUUCAGCGUGCAAGACUUCGCCGCCCUGUCCGACACAAACACUGGCCUCCCUCUCACCGAGCUCUUCCGGCAGGUCACCCAGUCCGUCGGGGGCGCAUUCGGACUCACCUUCAUUCUCUUCAUCGCUCUGGGCCCCUGCGUCGUCUCCUCCCAACUCUCCACCUCGCGCGUCCUCUGGGCCUUUGCCCGCGACAGAGCCAUGCCCUUCUCCGACACCUGGGCACACGUCAGCAAGCGCUUCGGCAUCCCCUUCAACGCCCAACUCCUCGUCGCAGCCGUCAUUGCCGCCCUGGGCUGUCUCUACCUCGGCAGCAGCACCGCAUUCAACAGCAUGCUCGGCGCCGCCGUGACAAUCAACAACGUCGCCUACCUAAUCCCGAUAUUAACAAACAUGCUGACGGGCCGGGCAAACAUGCACAGGGGCGUCUUCCAUAUGGGGAAAUGGGGAUGGCUGGUGAAUGGUGUUGCUGUGGGCUGGCUGGUGUUUGCAAUUGUCUUUUUCAGUUUCCCGUAUAACAUGCCCGUGACGGUGCAGAAUAUGAACUAUACCUGUGUGGUUGUCGGUGGGAUUCCGGUUUUGAUUCUCGUUUGGUGGGUGUUGGGGCAGAGACAGUAUAAGGAUAAGAUUGCUAGGGCGAAGGAGGAGUAGUAUAUCAUAAAGUUAAGCAUUUCCAAGGACAUACACCUGAACAGGUAACUAGCAACAGCCAACGGAAUUGUGAUCGCUGAUCUGUCCACGGUGAUAAUGGGAUUCUCCAUCUAACAUCUGAUCCUCCCGGUCGAUCAUCCUGGUAUAGUGGCAAGGAUGGCCCUAAAUCUCGCUGCAUCGACCUUAUCAUGAAUCUAUGAUAUAUUGAUCAGAUAUGACCUCACCGCCCCCCAAAUGGCUGAGGCUGCUGGUUAGAACAAGCGUAUAAUCAGGCGGCUGAGGUUAAAUAUAUACUAAUUUAGCAGUGUAAAAGCACCUUCUAAUAAAAGAGGAUUGC